AUGUGGGCCAAUUUCACAAUAUUUCUACUGCUCGUCAGUAGAGUUUUAUCAAAUUUCAGUGGCUCCGAAGCAUAUUUUGAUAGUAGUGAAGAGGCUCCGAAUAUUAUUUUGAGCCAUGUAAGUUCUUCGAAUUUUUUUUCGUUCACAAAUCAAUUUUUGAAUUCAGAUGGAAGAUGUCGAUUUGAAAAAUUCUCAAGAUCGAGAAGAUGGUCGAAAUGACACUUCUACUUUACCAGUUUUUGUGCCAGGUGAGAAAAUGCUCAUUUGCGGAUGAAAUAUGAUUAUUGAGUGAGAGAGAAAAGUGUGACAGAGCACACAAAAAAUCAAACUUUUGCAGUUGUCAUAAUUUAUGAGAUGGGAGGGAGCAGCGAGAAACCCGGCGGGCAAAAUUUAUGAGGGGUAUACUGUGGGGUUUGACGUGUGACCAGAUGUACGAAAAAAAAACUUCAGGUUUUUUUUGAAACUUUUUCUCUCUUUUAAGUAAGAGUGCGUGGAAUUUUGAAUGACCAUGCUCCAAACGUAUCUCUCAUCUAAAUCUCUCCGACAAAAAUUGGCUGGCUCGCUUUUUUUUCUUUCUCAAUGAGCCUCGAAUAAUUUGAUUUGUAACCAAUUCGAAUCGGAAACGAAGCAAAAAAAGAAAAAAAGAAGAUGAAGAAAAAGAAGAGGACAAAAGAGAAGGUCCACAAAUCAAAAUGGGUUAAUGGGAUAAUCAGUUGUUGUUGCAUGUUGAAGAUACAUGGUGUGUUAGGAUGACGCAAGAAAAAAAAACUGAGUAUGAGUUUGGGAUAAAAAAUAUUCUGAAAAUUGGAAUCACGAGGAACUUAAAGUUAAAAAUACUCAAGGGAAGUUUUCUAGAACUUCAAUUUGAAAAAAAGUUCCAGAACUUUGUUUUUUGUUAAAAAUAAUAGGAUUGUUUAUGGAACCAGUUUUAGUUCAGAUUUUAUUUUUAAAUGAAUCCCCAGGGGUUCAACAUUAAUGUGCACUGAAGAAAAUAUCGAAAACCACCUAUAAACCUUUAGUUCUUUUUAAGUAAGAACUUAAGCAAUGGUUUGAGUUCGAAACCUUUGGUUUCAUCUCUAACAAAUUUAUUGAACUUCAAAUAUCUAAUUUUCUAGGAUCAUCAAAACGACUUACCGAAUACCUUCUAUCAAAACAUAAUCUGAAUGCUCCACCUGAUGGUCUUCUUAACGUUCACUAUGAACUUGAACUUGUUCACAUUCUCGGAAUCGAUGAACUCAAGCAAACUAUGACAGUUUUGAUCUACGUUGAUGAACAUUGGCAAGAUCCAUCACUUGUUUGGGAUCCGGCACUCUACGGUGGAAUUAAGAAAACAUGGAUUCCAAUCGAUAAAAUUUGGGUGCCCGAUAUUAUUAUUUUCAACAUGUGAGUUUGACAAAAUUUGAUUAAUUAUUUUUGAAAUUGCGCAUUUCACUGAAGAAAAAAGAAAAAAGAGAAAAAGGAACGGCAAUUAUAAUACGACAUGUAUACAUUCAUAAAUAAUUGUUACAUGCGAGAUUAUUAAAUUUUUGUUCCAAGAAAUCUUGUUAAAAAUGAAAAAGAGAAAGAAAAAAGUUAUAUAUUAUUAAAAUGUUUUCUUGUUUUGAACUGGGCUCCCAAGCCCAUCUGAAGGGUAAAAGCUUCCAGGUUGGCUCAUGAAGAUUUACUGUCAGCAGUCCGAGCUCCUGCAAGAAUUCAUUAUAAUGGAACUGUAGUUGCUUCACAUCCUGCGGUUCAUACAGUAUCUUGUGAGAUCAAUAUCAGAAAUUUCCCAUUGGAUCAUCAAAAAUGCGCAAUAGAAAUUGCAUCUUGGGCUUAUGGACAAGAAAAAAUUCGACUUCACGCUCACACAGAUCAUUCUCUUGAACACUACAAACGAAAUGAAGAAUGGCAUUUGAUUCGAAUAAAUGUGACCGAAGAGAAAUAUGUUCACGAAGGAAUUGAGGUUUCCGAAGUGAAGUUUGAACUUUAUGUGCAACGUCGACCUCUAUUCUACAUGGUUACUCUCACAUUUCCAUCUUAUAUUAUGUGUGCAAUUUCGGUGGUUGGAUUAUUUGCGAGAUUUAGUACAACUGGAGAACGAGAAGAGAGAUUUACUCUUGGAGUCACUGCUAUUCUUACAAUGGCUGUCUUGUCGCUGGUUGUUAGUGAGAAGGUUCCACAUAGUUCAACACAUGUACCAUUGCUGGGUAAGUAUUUUAGUCUAUACUUUUUUGGCUGAAAUUGUUAUUGAUGAAUGUUUUUAUUUACAGUUGCAUAUUUUCUGUUCAAUAUGGUUAUUGUUUCGAUUGCUGCAAUGACUACAGGAAUUGUUAUGAAAGUACACAGAUUGGGAAGACAUGGAGAUGAACCAUCGGAUUUUUGGUUGAAACUUUUCCUAAUUAAACCAAUUUGCCAAUUUAAUAGACCUAAUGUUAGUUUUUUUUAAAUUUUCCAACAUUUAUUUUUCUCAACUCCUACAUUUAGAAACGAAAAUAUAAGAUGAAUCCGGAUGAGCCGAACCACGUGGUACUUGUGUCUGAAACAAAAAAUGGUGAGAUAAAGAAUGGCAUCCUCCCCCAACAACAAACACAACAAGUGCAAAUCAUCAAAGAUCCAGUUCACGCAAGAUUAGAGGCUCUUGAAGAAUAUAUCAAGAAAAUGAUGCAUCGAUGUGAACAUAUUCAGGUACGUGUCGAUCAAAAGACAACUGGUGAAACCCAUAAAUUUUCCGCAAACAAUAUUUAUGGGUUUCGGUGAUUUCUGCACAAAAUUGAAAUUGAUAAAUCACUUUUAGCUCGAGAUGAACGAAAUGGAAAGUCAAGAUAAUCUGGCCGAAACUCGUCGAAGAUCAACAAAUGGAUAUGUGAAAAUCAGCGAACGCCUUGAUCUUAUAUUUAUGACUUUCUUCCUUACAACAGUUACCAUUCCAGUCGCCGUUCUCUUUUAUUUGACUUAA